CCUUGUGACAUUAUUUAUUCCAACACCACCGUUUUUGCCUUUGCCGAACUAUAAUAAACAACUGCAGGACUGUGCAUUACCUACCCUGCUUAGCGAGCCACCCUAACAAGGACACCAUAUCGUUAUUGACCGUUGUCCUGCUCUACUUUUGCUUUUGAUGCACUCUCUACCGUGAGGGGUUGUCAGGGCUGGCACAGCGACACAAUGGAGGCCAUGCGCGCAGCUGCACUGCGUGUCCUAUUAAAGUGCUGUCCACAGGAGUUAGAGCGGGUACUUCGCUGCAAUGCAGCACCAGAGGAGCAUCUCGGACUGCCUCUAUCAGUAAUCUCCUUGGCGGACUGUGAACCUGAGCUUACAGAGGCCCUGUUCUUACGACCGUUGGAGGUGCUAUCGCUUCUUGACGACGCCGCAGUACAAGCACAGUCGGUGCUUAAGGACACAAUUGAGAAGCAGCACACGGAAAACGAGCCCCAUGGGAACCAAACCGCCGACGCUCAGAUACCCCUUAACGUUUAUGACAACGUGCAUGUACGGCUAGUGGGUUUGCCAACCUCGCUG